AUGGACAACAGCUCUUUUUCCUCGCUCGACUCGGAGGUCCGAGACGACCAGCAGUCCGUGCGUCUUCCAGACGUCGUCCACACGUACUCCAAUGGGUCCCGGGUGGCCAGAACGAGGACGUCGACGUCGCUGGCCUCGUCGGUUUCUAGAAGCAUCCUCAGCGUCCGCCAGAUCGUCGAGCAAGCCAGAGAAGACGACCAGAAAAUGGCGCGGACCGAAACGCAGGCAGGCGAGACGGUGGAUCUCAACGAGGCUAUCCGGAUCGCCACCAACCGCUCAGAAAGCAUACAGCCCCAGGAACCUGAAACGCAGACCCCGCUGCCUGCUCUCGACUCUGGCUAUGCGUGGGUGAUCUGUGCGUGCGUGUUUUUGAUGAUGUUGGCAACGUGGGGGGCCAACGGCUGCUACGGCGUGUUUCUGAGCCACUGGCUCCAGGUAGAGAGCUUCCCCGGCUCGUCGGCCACAGAUUUCGCUCUGAUCGGCAGUAUAGUGCUGGCGCUCGCUCAGGCGCUGGCUCCGCUCGCGCAGAUGGCGUCUGCGAUUCUGGGGAUGAAGAUGGUCAUGCUGCUGGGCGUUGCUCUGCAAACCGCUGGGUAUCUGCUGGCAUCGUUUUCCACAAAGCUGUGGCAGCUGUACCUGACCCAGGGCGUUCUCGUUGGGCUUGGCUUUGCGUUCAUUUUCAACCCGGCCAUUGUCAUUUUUCCAGAAUGGUUCGACAAGAAAAGAGGCCUUGCUUCGGGGAUAAUCGUGUCUGGUAGCGGUGUGGCUGGAGUUGUCUUCUCUCUGGCCUCACAGGCAAUAAUCGCCCGCACAGGCAGCCCGGCAUGGGCCCAGCGGAUGCUGGCAUUUUUCUCUGUGCUCGGCAACACGUUUGCCGCGUGCCUGCUCAAACACCGCAUCCCAACACAGAGACUCAAGACCCGCCGCGAGAUCGUCACCAGAUUCAACGUGCUGUUCAACGUCAGGGUCGUCAAACUGCCGCAGGUCCAAUUGAUCACGCUCUGGUUCGUGCUAAUGCUCUCCUGCUACGUCGUUGCGCUCUUCUCGCUCUCCGCGUACAGCACGUUUGUCGGGCUCUCGUCGUUGCAGGGCAGUCACGUGACCGCGAUCUUCAACGGGUGCCAGGCCAUCGGGCGGUUCAUCAUUGGUCUGACGGCCGACUACACGGGGCGCGUGAACCUGGCGGUGUUUCUGAGCCUCAACGUGGUGAUUCUGAUUUUUGCCAUGUGGAUCAACGCCAUGACGGCCGGCGUGGUGUAUGCGUAUGCUGUGCUCUCGGGGCUCACGUUUGGCGUGGCCUCCACGCUGAACCAGCCCAUCGUCGCGGACUCUGUCCCCGUGGAGCUGUUUCCGUCUGCGUGGAGUUACGAGAAUUUCUGGGUGGGCGUGUUUUGCAUGUUUUGCGAGGUGGUAGCAUUGAAGCUCAGAGACUUGACGUUGGCAAAGCCGUUCAUCAAGGCGCAGAUCUUUUGCGGCUGUUUUGCGUCCGCCGGCGUGCUGUGUAUCCUGCCGAUCCGCGAGUGGAAAAUCCGUCGCAUGCUCGUGGCCCGGCGCGAGGCCCUGGAGGCCCUGAAAGAGCACGAAAAACACACCGACGAGUACGAGCGCCGCCAGAUGAUGUACGACAUGCUUCUGCGCGACGGGGUCAAGGCGUACCUGACGAGACUGCUGUAUCCUGUGCGUGCCUAA